AUGUUCUACCGCGUCAGUUCUGUGUACGGCUUCGUCGACCCCAAUGGCAAGAAGCCGAUCGAUGUGCAUCGUCUCCCUGGAGGAUCUCCUGGCGCAGAUCGAUUCGUCGUCCAAUGGGCAGAGGUGCCUGCUGAUGAGCUUGAUCCGAAGGCGCCAUUCCUUGCUCAAGCACAGUCCGGAGAGGUGGUCUUCAAUGUCUCGGCCGCUUCUGGUGCCGCCAAUUCUGCCGCCGCCAAUUCUGCUGCUGCUCCUCCUGCCGCCGAGGAGAAGAAGGAGUGAAGCACCGGAAGAGAUCGCGAGAUGACUGUCAAGAAGGAGCAGGCAACAACAAAAUUGAAGCGGAUGAGCAUAGGAUGAUUAAUAAUUCCCAUUGUAUUUUUCUAACCCCAAUCCAUAGUGUAUUGUAUAUUUCGCCUGUUGAUUAUUAUGUCCUUCAAGAUGUAUGUAUAUAUUUGUUGUAUUCUUGAUAUAAAAUAUUUGUGUAAUGCGUGUUUUCAUUUUUGAUUUAGGAAUUUAAUUCUGAUCUUGACCAAAUUAAAUAAUAUCGCCUUUGAUCCCUCCAAAUCCACCUUAAUUCCACCAGAUCCACGAUAUUUCUCCAAUCCAACUUUGUGUUGAUUAUAAGUAUCGGUAUUCAGGGUCAAUG